AUGGGUCCAUUUCCUCUACCCGUAGAUCAUAUUAUUCUUAAAAGUAAAGAGCUUCUAAUUCUGGUUGCUUAUGAGACCUUCAAUGAAUAUGAUUUCUAUGUCAAACUUGGUUAUCUUGAUAAGAGCAUUAUUAUAACAGAUAAUAACAUCAUUAGCAAGUAA